AUGGAUCCUCGGAGGUCGUCUUACCAUGGAGCGCUCACAUGGUCAUGUUCAUCCAGCGAGCAGAAAAUCGACGACAUUGCCAAGAGCGUCGACGGCAUCAAGGAUCUGCUCCAGGGGCUCAAUGUGUCUCCAGACACAAAGGGGCUCGAAACUGGCUCCAUUCGGCACCCAAGACAACCUGAGUUAUUGCAAGAUCCGACUAAGAACCAACCCAUCUCGUUAUCUGGGAGCGAGCAUCUCUGGGACCAUUCGCCGCACAUCAUUGACUUCCUCAAGGCUGCCUUGGAAUCCGAGGGCUCAAGAGAUGCCCAGCCUCAAGCGGACAACCUGUUUUCGUCGUUGAGGAGCCUCGUACAAACUCUUGAAGGCCCUGCUGCCGUUCGCAACUUGCCCUCUCCGCAAUCGAAGGUUACGAGAUACCCGGCUGGCUCUUCUAUGCCGCCUCUAGAGGCUGUCGUGGCGGUACUGCGAUGGGCGAAGGGUCAUGAGGCGAACACUAGAAUCGCCUGGCUUUCUCGGAUACUACCCCUUGAGACAUUCGCCGACAUCUGCAGAAAGGUGUAUUUCGCGGUCGAUGACUAUACCGAAGUGGACCUUGUUCUCGCCAAUGGAUAUUUGUUCUACAUAUUCGCCGAACACGUCGUCGUAUCUGGGCUUCAAGACUACCGAGGCUACUGCCGACUCUGCCACGAGAAUCUCCAUGCAGGGCUUUCGCAAUUCCCGCUCCUCUUGCCAGCAUCCAUGGAGGUCAUUGCUGCGUUGACGCUUGGGGCAACCCACGCAGUGGACAGCUCGAAAGCUACCAGGGCUUGGACUUUUAUUGCAGCUGCCUCGAAUCUCUGCCAGACGCUGGGAUACCAUCGCCUUCACGGUCGAAGCGAAACUCCCCAGCCUCUACGAGCCGCUCAGGAACGUCUGUUUUGGGCCGUUCAUCGGAUCGACAGGGGCCUUUCGCUUCGACUGGGCCGACCGUCCACCAUCCGCGAUGCCGACAUCACGCUGCCAUAUGACCCCAAUGAGCUGCGGUCUACCAAGAUCGCGAAGAUUCAGGGAAGAGUCUACGAUCAACUCUACAGCCCAGUGGGCCUGUCUUGGCCAGAUUAUGAACGGGGCCAGGUGGCUGAGGUACUCGCUGACGAGCUUCGAGCACUAAUCAAUGAAACACAUAUCGAGGUUUGCGAUGCCAGCGAUCACCCGAGCGAGGGAGAGACAGAUCCGAUGAGAGCAGUGUACCUGCGAUGCGAGCUGAUUUGCCAAUCUUCACUCCUCGCGCUAAUUCUCCGAGCGAUUCCUCCCGCACCAGGUUCCCUUGGCGGCGUUUCGGACGACUGCGUUGCUGUCGCUCGCGAGACUCUAGACAUACACCAGCAAUGCAUGCAACAAGUGCGUAGCUGCAAAAGCGACCCAUUUAUGAUCACGAAAUACCUCAACUGGUCGAUUCUGCACGCCCCGUUCAUCCCGUUCAGCUUCCUCUUUACCCGCGCUGUCCAGCUUCUGGACGUCACGGACCUCGCCCGCUUGGACCGCUUCGCGGCUUCAUUCCGUCCCGAGGGGACUUCUUCCGAGUCCACCACUCACCCACGUCGGCUGUACGAGCUCCUCUGCCAGACGGCGCGUAUCUAUAUCGAUUCGAACACGCUCCCCUCGGUCGAGGACCCUGCCAUGAGCCACCCUCUGCAAGGCUCCUCUACCGAGUUCGGCUUCACCCCGUUUGGGAUUGGGCCAGGAGCCGCAGCAGACGAGACUUCCACGAAUGGUAUGUCUCCAGACUGCGGACUGAGCGGCUGGUAUUACGACAACCAGCAGAUCAUGAGCUUGCUGGACGACGAUAUCAUAUUCUGA